GAGUUUUGCUGUUUUGCCCAGGCUGGAGUGGAGUGGCGCGAUCCUCGCUCACUGCAACCUCCGCCUUCCGGUUUCAAGCGAUUCUCCGGCCUCAGCCUUCCGAGUAGCUGGGAUUACAGGCACCCGCCACCACCCCUGGCUAAUUUUUGUAUUUUUAGUAAAGACGGGGUUUCACCAUGUUGGCCAGGUUGGUCUCUAUCUCUUAACCUGAGGUGAUCCAUGCACCUCAGCCUCCCAAAAUGUUGGGAUUACAGGCGUGAGCCACCGCGCCCAACCAGAGUAUUCAUUCUUACCUAAGACAUUCUACAGGGCUGAUGGGGUAAGCUUCCGGUUUGAGAUGGAGACUGAAGGGACCAUGAUUGUGUAACCACAUCCCAAAUUGGGAGGAGAGAAAUGUCAUGAAUUCCUAGAACUGACGGGAUUUCAGGAAACCUCAAGAGUGACAGCAUCGGAAAAUGCAAGAGGUUUAAAAAAAAAAAAAUUGAAGUUUUGGACAAAUAAAUGUGAGUUGUAUCUUAUACAAUCAACAAGUAACUGGUUUGGGAAACUCAAUAUCCCUAAAUAAGGGAGCAGACCACCCCUCAUAUUGUCUUAUGCCCAAUUUCUGCCUCAAAGAAAAUGCAGGAGUUAAAAGAAAGACAGAAGUGAAAUCAGUAGUCAGACAGCCCCGCGCUGCAUUCCAGGCCUGGUAAUUAAAGAUCGACCCCUGACCUAACCGGUUAUAUUAUCUAUAGAUUCCAGACAUUGUAUGGAAAAGCAUUGUGAAAAUCCCUAUCCUGUUCUGUUCCGUUCUGAUUACCGGUGCACCGGUAAUCAGUCACGUACCCCCUGCUUGCUCAAUCAAUCACGACCCUCUCACGCGGACCCCCUUAGAGUUGUAAGCUCUUAAAAGGGACAGGAAUUGCUCACUCGGGGAGCUCCGUUUUUGAGAAGUGAGUCAGCUGACGCUCCCGGCCGAAUAAAGCUCCUUCCUUCUUUAACCCGGUGUCUGAGGAGUUUUGUCUGCGGCUCGUCCUGCUAGAUAAUAAUAGUAAAGGCUGAACAUUUCUCAUGCUUACCCUGCCUUCAUACUUAAUAAGGUUGUUGAAAAAAAUGAGAGAAUGCAUUUUAAAUGCUCCGUACAGUACUAGUACACAAUAAGUGCUCAAUACAUGCUAGCUGUUAUUAUUAAAACAUUAAUUAAUAACAGUAGUAACAACAGCCACUGACUUUAAGACACGUUGAUCAGUGUUGCGGAAACCGUAUAUCCGAAGUUGCUCUUCGGCCGCGUUUCACUGCCCAUUGCAUUCUGGGGCUUGUAGUCCGGAAGUGAGAGGCUGAUUUCUCAGCGCGCAGGCGCAGUGGCGCGGAUCCCCGGAAGAACCCGCAGCAGCUCCCAGGAUGAGCUGGUUGCAGUGGCUGCUGCUGCUGCGGGGGCGCUGAGAGGACACGAGCUCUAUGCCUUUCCGGCUGCUCAUCCCGCUUGGCCUCCUGUGCGCGCUGCUGCCUCUGCACCAUGGUGCGCCAGGUCCCGACGGCUCCGCGCCAGAUCCCGCCCACUACAGGGAGCGAGUCAAGGCCAUGUUCUACCACGCCUACGACAGCUACCUGGAGAAUGCCUUUCCCUUCGAUGAGCUGCGACCUCUCACCUGUGACGGGCACGACACCUGGGGCAGUUUUUCUCUGACUCUAAUUGAUGCACUGGACACCUUGCUGAUUUUGGGGAAUGUCUCAGAAUUCCAAAGAGUGGUUGAAGUGCUCCAGGACAGCGUGGACUUUGAUAUUGAUGUGAACGCCUCUGUGUUUGAAACAAACAUUCGAGUGGUAGGAGGACUCCUGUCUGCUCAUCUGCUCUCCAAGAAGGCUGGGGUGGAAGUAGAGGCUGGAUGGCCCUGUUCCGGGCCUCUCCUGAGAAUGGCUGAGGAGGCGGCCCGAAAACUCCUCCCAGCCUUUCAGACCCCCACUGGCAUGCCAUAUGGAACAGUGAACUUACUUCAUGGCGUGAACCCAGGAGAGACCCCUGUCACCUGUACGGCAGGGAUUGGGACCUUCAUUGUUGAAUUUGCCACCCUGAGCAGCCUCACUGGUGACCCGGUGUUUGAAGAUGUGGCCAGAGUGGCUUUGAUGCGCCUCUGGGAGAGCCGGUCAGAUAUCGGGCUGGUCGGCAACCACAUUGAUGUGCUCACUGGCAAGUGGGUGGCCCAGGACGCAGGCAUCGGGGCUGGCGUGGACUCCUACUUUGAGUACUUGGUGAAAGGAGCCAUCCUGCUUCAGGAUAAGAAGCUCAUGGCCAUGUUCCUAGAGUAUAACAAAGCCAUCCGGAACUACACCCGCUUCGAUGACUGGUACCUGUGGGUUCAGAUGUACAAGGGGACUGUGUCCAUGCCAGUCUUCCAGUCCUUGGAGGCCUACUGGCCUGGUCUUCAGAGCCUCAUUGGAGACAUUGACAAUGCCAUGCGGACCUUCCUCAACUACUACACUGUAUGGAAGCAGUUUGGGGGGCUCCCGGAAUUCUACAACAUUCCUCAGGGAUACACAGUGGAGAAGCGAGAGGGCUACCCACUUCGGCCAGAACUUAUUGAAAGCGCAAUGUACCUCUACCGUGCCACGGGGGAUCCCACCCUCCUAGAACUCGGAAGAGAUGCUGUGGAAUCCAUUGAAAAAAUCAGCAAGGUGGAGUGCGGAUUUGCAACAAUCAAAGAUCUGCGAGACCACAAGCUGGACAACCGCAUGGAGUCGUUCUUCCUGGCCGAGACUGUGAAAUACCUCUACCUCCUGUUUGACCCAACCAACUUCAUCCACAACAAUGGGUCCACCUUCGACGCGGUGAUCACCCCCUAUGGGGAGUGUAUCCUGGGGGCUGGGGGGUACAUCUUCAACACAGAAGCUCACCCCAUUGACCCUGCCGCCCUGCACUGCUGCCAGAGGCUGAAGGAAGAGCAGUGGGAGGUGGAGGACUUGAUGAGGGAAUUCUACUCUCUCAAACGGAGCAGGUCGAAAUUUCAGAAAAAGACUGUUAGUUCGGGGCCAUGGGAACCUCCAGCAAGGCCAGGAACACUCUUCUCACCGGAAAACCAUGACCAGGCAAGGGAGAGGAAGCCUGCCAAACAGAAGGUCCCACUUCUCAGCUGCCCCAGUCAGCCCUUCACCUCCAAGUUGGCAUUACUGGGACAGGUUUUCCUAGACUCCUCAUAACCACUGGAUAAUUUUUUUAUUUUUAUUUUUUUGAGGCUAAACUAUAAUAAAUUACUUUUGGCUAUCA